GGCUAUAAAUGCGCGGGCCGCCGCCGGGCCCCACAGGAGCAGCCGCCCGGGGCGCGGGAGCUGCGGGCCGCGCGGCCGGGAUGAGCGCCAGCGCCGGUGGCGGCGGCGGGGACAGCGGCGGCGGCAGCAGCAGCAGCUCGCAGGCCUCCUGCGGGCCCGAGUCUUCAGGCUCCGAACUCGCCCCCGCCACACCGGCGCCACGGAUGCUGCAGGGGCUGCUGGGCUCCGAUGACGAGGAGCAGGAGGACCCCAAGGACUACUGCAAGGGCGGCUACUACCCUGUGAAGAUCGGCGACCUGUUCAACGGGCGGUACCACGUGGUGCGCAAGCUGGGCUGGGGCCACUUCUCCACCGUCUGGCUCUGCUGGGAUAUCCAGCGCAAGCGCUUCGUGGCCCUGAAAGUGGUGAAGAGCGCGGGGCAUUACACGGAGACCGCCGUGGAUGAGAUCAAGCUCCUGAAAUGUGUCCGGGACAGUGACCCCAGUGACCCCAAAAGAGAGACCAUUGUCCAGCUCAUCGAUGACUUCAGGAUCUCAGGGGUUAACGGAGUCCGUAUCCUUUGCAGGACGAGCAAAGCGGUGUGGCGGCAGCGGUGCCCGCUCCGGCCAUCCCAGCUGCCGGGGCCUCGGUUUACUGAGCUGCACAAUGGGGGCUUCUCCCUUCUAGUGACACUAGUCUGCAAAAUAGCCCCACCGCUUCGAGGGUUGUGUUUGUGCGGGGGCCAGCGGAUGACCGGGCGGGCAUCGGUUAUCCACGGGCAUUGCCGAGUUACCCCCAGAUGGCAGUGCCGUCCACUGAGGAGCUGCUCCAGAGGCUCUCUGGCAAAUACUUGGGCACGGGAGUGCGGCUGGCCUGACAGGCCUCCGUGUCUGCUCCUCCGGUGCCCUGCCCCCGGGACAAGCACCCAAGGUACCUCCCAAGUGGUACACACCCGAGAGUGGCAGGGACACCAUAACGACACCGGGCAGGUGGUGCCUCUGCACCGCCAGACCCGGUUGCUCCCCAGCUGCGGGUGGGCAGGGCCCGUGCCCCCCUGCCGUGGGCCCGCCGGCCACCCUUCACUCCCAGCCCCAGAUGUGUGCAUGGUGCUGGAAGUCCUGGGCCACCAGCUCCUCAAGUGGAUCAUCAAGUCCAACUACCAGGGCCUGCCCGUGCCCUGCGUCAAGAGCAUCGUGAGGCAGGUGCUGCACGGCCUGGACUACCUCCACACCAAGUGCAAGAUCAUCCACACAGACAUCAAGCCCGAGAACAUCCUGCUGUGUGUGGGCGAUGCCUACAUCAGGCGCCUGGCCACCGAGGCCACAGAGUGGCAGCAGUCAGGGGCCCCGCCCCCAUCCCGCUCCACAGUCAGCACUGCCCCCCAGGAGGUCUUGCCCGGGAAGCUGUCGAAGAACAAGAGGAAGAAGAUGCGGCGCAAGCGGAAACUGCAGAAGCGGCUGCUGGAGGAGCGCCUGCGGGACCUGCAGAGGCUGGAAGCCAUGGAGGCGGCGGCCCAGGCCGAGGACGCUGGCUCGAGGCUCGAGGGGGGCAGCGGCUCCACCUCCUCUUCCGGCUGCCACCCCGGGGGCGGGGCCGGGGCCGGCCCCUCCCCCGCCUCCUCCUCCUCCCCCGCCACCGGGGGCGAGCGCAGCCUCAGCCCGGGCUCCCAGACGUCAGGCUUCUCGGGCUCCCUUUUCUCUCCCGCCUCGUGCUCCAUCCUCUCAGGCUCCUCCAACCAGCGGGAGACCGGGGGCCUCCUGUCGCCCAGCACACCGUUUGGUGCCUCGAACCUCCUGGUGAACCCCCUAGAGCCCCAAAACGCAGACAAGAUCAAGAUCAAGAUCGCAGACCUGGGCAACGCCUGCUGGGUGCACAAGCACUUCACCGAGGACAUCCAGACACGCCAGUACCGGGCCGUGGAGGUGCUGAUCGGAGCCGAGUACGGCCCCCCCGCCGACAUCUGGAGCACGGCGUGCAUGGCCUUCGAGCUGGCCACCGGAGACUACCUAUUCGAGCCUCACUCUGGAGAAGACUACAGUCGUGACGAGGGUAGGGGGAGGCCGGCCCUGGGCUCAGCCUGGGGGCCUCCCGGCCGCCCAGCCGCCGCCCAGCCUCCUCUCUGUCCACAGACCACAUCGCCCACAUCGUGGAGCUUCUGGGAGACAUCCCCCCAGCCUUCGCCCUCUCGGGCCGCUAUUCCCGGGAGUUCUUCAACCGGAGAGGAGAGCUGCGGCACAUCCACAACCUCAAGCACUGGGGCCUGUACGAGGUGCUCAUGGAGAAGUACGAGUGGCCCCUGGAGCAGGCCACGCAGUUCAGCGCCUUCCUGCUGCCCAUGAUGGAGUACAUCCCCGAGAAGCGGGCCAGCGCAGCCGACUGCCUCCGGCACCCUUGGCUCAACCCUUAAGCCCCACAGGCACUCUGUGCAGCUUGAGGCGUGCCUGCCCCCCCACCCCCUCCCAGUGCCUUCAGGGAAAGCCGGACGGCUCCUGCCACCCUGCGAGCCGCCCUUCGGGAGCUGCCCUCCUCCACCCUGCAGCGUAGGAGCUCUCUCGCACCCCGCGCCCCGCGGCAGGGCAGAGAGAUGCUGGAGCCAGGCCCGCCAUUCAGCAUUUGUUCUGUCCCCAGCCCUCACAGAGGGGCCCCGGAUGGGAAGUGUGCGUGUUUCUUUUCUUAAUAAAGUGUGAACUGAAA